GGGAAAUACAUGUAUUGGGGUUAUUAAAAUAUUCAUCCAAACCCAAAGGCCGCCAAACGCAGGGAUUAACAAUUUCAUGAGUGUGUGUUAGGCGCUAAAUGAAACCCCCGCCGGCGCUACUCUAUUACCCACAGUAUAAGAGUCAUGCUCGUGCUUCCAUGUCCAAUUGAUAUCAAAAGAAGUAAAGAGAAGAGAGCUUGAGUGAGUUUAGAGCAUUCAAGCGUUCAACGACAACGGAGACCAAGCAUGCAGAAACCCAAAAACAGAAAACCUUACCCAGACCCUCUCACCAUCGAGCCACUGAGUACCCAGCACACGCAUACAUUCAUCAUACUUCAUGGAAGGGGCAGUAAUGCAGAACGGUUCGGUCACGAACUUCUCGCAUCAGCCAACCUCGCUGCUCGAUUGCCUACUGUGAAAUUUGUAUUCCCGACAGCCUCAAAGCGCCGAUCAACAAUCUUGAAGAAAACACCUAUCAACCAGUGGUUUGACAACUACAGCUUGGAUGACCCGAAUGAGAGAACGGAUUUGCAGGUUGACGGCCUGAGGGAAACUGGGGAGUUCCUUCGGCGAUUGAUCGACAAGGAAGCACAUGUCUUUGACAGCACCGGGGGGACGGGGUACCAGAAAAUCAUUCUUGGAGGGCUAAGUCAAGGUUGUACAGCAUCAAUUUUUGCUUUACUUGGGGGUCAUUUUGGGGAAAGCGGGAAUGAAAGCCUUGCUGCUUUCUUUGGAAUGAGUGGGUGGUUACCAUUUGAGAAGCAACUGAAUAAUAUGUUUUAUACCGUUGCAAUGGAAGCCAAGAACGAGGGGGAAGAUAGUAACGAUGAUGACGAGUCGGAUCUGUUGACAGGUUAUAUGCAACAACUAGACAUGGAGCCAUCGGAAGAAGGCGAAAGUAGCGACGAAUACGAGGAAGAAGACGAAGAAGAGAGAACCCUAUAUGAUGACACAGAUAAUGACGACAAAACAGAUGUCGCGCUACGUGGUGUAGAAAGUGACCACACUACAUUUACAACGGAAGAUCAGGUUUCGUUCUUUCCAUUCCAAUCUAUAUUUCAAGAAGACACCCCAUCCAGUGAUAUUAUGGAUACUAUAAAUUAUAUCCGCGAUAUACUUGAUCUCCCACAAAUCUCCAUCGCUGCGUCCGACCAAGGCAAUCGUGAUGGAAGUAAAGAUACAGCAACAUGCUCUCACUCUCUCCGAACACCCGUUUUUCUAGGCCAUGGAUCAGCAGAUCCAAAGGUUUCUGUCCGUCUAGGGGAGAAAAUGGCAAAAUUUCUAUCCAAUAAAUUGAAAAUGGAUGUCACAUGGAAGGCUUACGAGGGUUUCGGUCACUGGUACAAAGUUCCUGAUGAGAUCGAUGAUGUGCUUGGGUUUCUGCAACGAAAGACUGAUCUCUCAGUAGUAGAUGGAUGAUCUAAUUUCUAUUUUGCUCUGGGCUAUUCAAUGGUGCACAAAUCAGAUGGUUUACAGGGGUCUAGGUGGCUGCAACUGCUUACGAGAAAAAUGUACGUACAUCAAUCGAUGUUCCAUAAGGUUACGCUAUUAUCCAGUUAUAAUACAAUAAGAC